AAAAGAAAGAAAAUGGGACACCAUCUUGCGACUUGGUCUUACAGAAGCAACCUGACUCUGGCGUUGUUUCUUGAAUUCAAAACGCAAUCUCUCUUAUUUCUAAUUGACCUGUUUCUUUCUUUCUUUCUUUCAGAUCCCCAACAAACACAUUCCGAGGUAACCGAUCCAAUGCCGUUUUGAAUCGCGUGCCACCCAUAAUCUCUUUUUCCCUUUUUUGAAUUCUAUUAUCACUAUUCAAUUCAAUUGAACAAACCACUUAUUAGGUCAUAGUAGUAGUUUCCCAAACCCCCCAAAAGCUCAAUUCUACCUUCUUUUUUCAUUCAACAGCUACUCCUCCUUGUUGUUCGAAUAGAAAGAUAAAGAUAAAGAGAAAGAGAGGCUUCAGGUCUAUGGAUCAAAAAAUGGAAGGAACGUCUGCACCAGCAAUUCGACGUGACCCUUACGAAGUUUUAGGCGUUUCGAAGGAAUCAUCCGAUCAGGAAAUUAAAACCGCUUACAGAAAACUUGCUCUCAAGUAUCACCCUGACAAGAAUGCCAACAAUCCUGAAGCUUCAGAACUAUUCAAAGAGGUUGCAUAUUCUUAUAAUAUCUUAUCCGACCCAGAAAAGAGAAGGCAGUAUGACAGUGCAGGAUUUGAGGCACUUGAUGCUGAUAGCAUGGACAUGGAAAUCGAUUUAUCUAAUCUUGGGACUGUGAACACUAUGUUUGCAGCUUUAUUCAGCAAGCUGGGUGUCCCAAUCAAGACUACCAUUUCGGCUAAUGUUCUUGAAGAAGCUUUGAAUGGCACUGUUACAGUCAGACCCCUUCCAAUGGGAACAUCUGUUAGUGGAAAGGUAGAGAAGCAAUGUGCUCACUUUUUUGGUGUGACAAUAAAUGAGCAGCAAGCUGAGUCCGGGAUUGUAGUAAGAGUUACUUCAACUGCACAAAGCAAAUUCAAGUUGCUCUAUUUCGAACAAGAUGCAAACGGGGGCUAUGGUUUAGCAUUGCAGGAAGAUAGUGAGAAGACUGGCAAGGUGACAUCUGCUGGAAUGUAUUUCUUACAUUUUCAAGUGUACAGAAUGGAUUCAACCGUGAAUGCGUUAGCGAUGGCUAAGGAUCCUGAGGGGGCUUUCUUUAAAAGGUUGGAAGGUCUUCAACCUUGUGAAGUUUCGGAACUAAAGCCUGGCACACAUAUAUUUGCCGUUUAUGGCGAUAACUUCUUUAAGACUGCUAGCUAUACAAUUGAAGCAGUAUGUGCAAAAUCACAUGAAGAUACCACCCAAAAACUUCAGGAUAUUGAGGCUCAAAUUUUAAGAAAGAGGAAUGAGCUACGGCAAUUCGAAUCAGAAUAUAGAAAGGCAUUGGCACGCUAUCAGGAAGUGACAGACAGAUACACAAAAGAAAAACAGUCUGUGGAUGAGCUUCUGAAACAAAGGGACGGUAUCCAUUCUACCUUCACCAUUGUCAAGCCAACCAGUACUAGUGGAAGUGGCAGUAAUUUAAGCAAUGGAAGUUCUAGCAAAAUUUCUGGUGAAGAUUCCAAAGGUGAGAGCCCUGGGGAAGAUGGAGGGUCAGAUAGUAAGGAUAAAUCAGGCAAAAAGAAAUGGUUCAACCUCAAUCUUAAGGGCUCGGGUUCUGAUAAGAAGUUGAUUUAAAAUACACUUCAUUUUGUUUAUCUCUUAGAACACAAUAUGCUUGAGUGACCAUCGUCUUGGGAUCAAACUUAAAGCAGCAGCCCGUGGAUAUAUUGGGUGUAGUGUAUGUCUACAAUGUUUUCAUUUGCUUGGUUCCUCAAAGUUGAACUGGUUGGUUAAUUUGUUCAUUGGUUUGUGAUGCAGUCAAAGGUAUACAGAACAUGUCUCUUUCUGUUUCCCAUAUUUUUUUCUGUCCAAUGAGACUCAAAUUUUCCGAUUCCCUUGUAGCAUCCUCAACAUAUAUAUUUUUGAUACUGUAAUGAUAUGUUCAUUCUUGUAACUGACAUUUUUUUCCUUCUUUUCCUUUACCAAGCCUUGCGGCACAAAAUAUUACUAAAUAA